AUCAGAUGCUCCUGAAAACGGGCUCUCAAAGUUCAGCUGAAAAGCCCACUGGGUUUUCUACCACUGGGUAGAGCUGCUUAAGAGUUACAGUAUGCUAAAUAUGUAUGGUAGGGGAAAAGCAGCCCACAUUUCUGACUGCAGCCGUUUAUUUUAUCCCGGAAUGUCUAGGAAAGGGGUCGAGUUUAUAAAAAGAUAAUAUCAGAACCAGCUUUCCUACGCAAUCCUGCAGACUUUAAGGAUUGACAGGCUAUCCAAUGCGCCUGUACUUUUGCAGUCCAUGUACACUCUCAACAGCACUCUUAAAGGUGAAACACUUUGCCGCAAUUACACACGGAGGGACACGAAAAAUAGUGCGCUCUCUUUACCACGUUGACGAUAAAGAUAUGACAUGGAAUAACUACUACAGACAAAAUUAAUGUAACAAACAAAAGACAGCGCCAACGUUCAACACGAACUGCUAAUGUUUCUCAGAAUCUUAAACUUUGAGCGAAGUUUUUUUUUAAAAAAAAAACACAAUCUGUCACCCAGGCGGAAACUGGGUCGCGGCGAGACAGUCAGCCGCAGCAGAGGCAGCCCGUCUGUGCGCAAGGCGGCCGCGCGGUCUCGCGGCCUUAUUGGCUCGGGAGCGGAGUCAGGGGUGAGAGGGUAAAUUCAAGAUGGCCGCCCCCAGCGGUGACAUGUUUUCGUUCUGCUCAGAGCCCGGUAAAGUCGGCGGCUUGGUCGAGGUCCGAUUCAUUGAUAAAGUCAAGGGAAGAGGAUUGUUUGCCAAGAAAGCCAUCUGCAAAGGAGAAAAUAUAUUUAUUGAGCGCCCCCUGGUGUCCGCGCAGUUCCUGUGGAAUGCCUUGUAUAAAUACAGAGCCUGCGAGUACUGCCUGCGCUCUCUGGAGACGGCGGAGGAGAAUGCCCGGAGGCUCAGCGGCAAUGCCAGUCUCCUGCUGCCGCACCCCGAGCAGUGCAGCAUCCGCCCUGAGCUCCACCAGGCUUGCCCACGCUGCCAGGUCAUGUACUGCAGCACUGAGUGCCGGCGGGCAGCUCUGGAGCAAUACCACCAGGUGCUGUGUCUGGGCCAGUCCCGGGACGACCUGGAGCACCCACUCAAUAAACUGCAGGAGGCCUGGCGGAGCAUGCAUUACCCACCAGAGACCGCCAGCAUUAUGUUAAUGGCUCGGAUGGUAGCAAUAGUAAAACAGGCUCAGGAUAAAGGCCACUGGCUGAGUAUCUUCUCUCAGCUCUGCAGCAGGACAGCCAGCGAGCAGGAGGAGCAGAUUGCUCACAAGCUCCUGGGGGAGAAGUUCCAGGGCCAGCUGGAAUCUUUGCGGAACCUUUUUACUGCAGCUUUGUAUGACGAUCACCUCAGCAGGUGGUUCAGCCCUGAAGGUUUCCGCUCUCUCUUCGCCUUGGUGGGGACUAAUGGCCAGGGUAUUGGGACCAGUUCUCUCAGUCAGUGGGUCCAUGGCUGUGAUGCACUGGAGCUGCCUGUCCAGCCGAGGGAGCAGCUGGAUGCCUAUAUUGACCAGCUCUACAAGGACAUUGAGACAGAAACCGGUGAUUUCCUGAACUGCGAGGGCUCUGGACUCUUCCUCUUGCAGAGCUCCUGCAACCACAGCUGCUUUCCUAAUGCUGAGGCCUCCUUCCCUGACAACAACUUCCUGCUUCACCUGACGGCGCUCUCUGACAUCACCGCUGGGGAGGAAAUCUGCAUCAGCUAUUUAGACUGCUGUCAGAGAGAGAGGAGCCGCCACAGUCGUCACAAGAUUCUGAGGGAGAACUACCUGUUUGUCUGCUCCUGUCCCAAGUGUCACUCCCAAGCUGAUGACCCUGAUGUGACCUCGGAAGAGGAGGAGGAGGAGGGGGAUGGGGAGACUGAAGGGGAUGACCUGGAGGAUGAGAUGACCGAUGUCUGAUGUGUGCGAGGCUGAUGCUACAACGCUGUUGGCCAGCCCUGCCCUCCCAGCAGUUGGUGGUGAUGGAUCCUCUGCACAGAUCACGCAGCGGCCACUGUGUCAGUCUCUUUCCUGACUGUACUCUUCAGACUUCGCACACGAUAGAAUCUCUUCCUGGCUACAUCCACACAGACCGCAAACACAUGGGUUCAGUCUGCUGGUCAUGUUUCACUUGUUAUUCUUUCACUUCUUUCUCCCAUUUGUAUGAUUCUAAAUAAAAUGGCAGGAAGCGUGCAGA